AUGGCCUCUAACCCCCCUGGAGCUUGCUGCGCCUCCGGCUUCAAGCACGAAGGCACCCCCGUCGGCGAGAUCAAGAACAUCAACGGCACUGAGACCUACAUCGUCUAUCCCAAGGACAACAAGACCCCCGAGAAGGCCGUCAUCAUCCUGUCCGACAUCUUCGGCGUCUACGUCAACGCCCAGCUCCUCGCCGACGAGUACGCCGAGAAUGGAUACCUCGCUGUCCUCCCCGACCUCUUCCGCGGAGACCCCAUCAAGCUGAGCGACAUGGAGUCCGGCAAGGCCGACCUCCCCGCGUGGCUCCCCAACCACCAGACCCCCGCCGUCGACCCCAUUGUCGAGGCUACUAUCAAGCACGUCCGCGGCGACCUCGGAGUCAAGCGCGUCGCUGCUGUCGGCUACUGCUUCGGUGGAAAGUACGUCUGCCGCUUCCUGAAGCCCGGCAAGGUCGACGUCGGUUACACCGCUCACCCCUCGUUCGUCACCGAGGAGGAGCUCGCCGCCAUUGCUGGUCCCCUUUCCAUCUGCGCUUCUGAAAUCGACCAGAUCUUCACCACCGAGCUCCGCCACAAGUCCGAGGACAUCCUCAUCAAGACCGGCCAGAACUGGCAGAUCAACCUGUACAGCGGCGUCACGCACGGCUUCGCCGUCCGCGCGGACCUCAGCAACAAGCACCACAAGUUCGCCAAGGAGCAGGCGUUCGUCCAGGCCGUUAACUGGUUCAAGCAGUACCUGUAG